GCUGCAGAUCUCGUCAAGAAAGCCGCGGUUUUGAUUGGAUGAGAAGAAUACGCCUUAUCGAUAGGCCCAUUCACUUCCGAGUUCACGGACUUCACGCAUCAUCUAAUCGAGCGUGCCGUUGGGCGUCCUGUCGAGCGCUCUACUAAGGUACGCGUGUACCUACCGGAGCGUCCUAUCGAGCGUGAAUCUUCUCGAGUGCCAGUGUCCUGUGUAUUUUAGUGCGCCCAGCACAAGCGACUUGGAGUUGUGCUCAAAACAGACCUAAAUACUCCUAUUAUUAUCUCGAACCGCCAUUGCAUCGCCUGUUCAGACAUCUUGGUACCGUCAUUCUUCAACUCUCAUCCCUACUUCUCUGUACUAUUCCCUGGCGUCGUGGUUGAUGAAUGACACAAUACUGCACGCAACCAGCCGUUCCGUGCCAUUCUUCACACUCUGCACUCUUCCAGCCCACAUCUGCAGCUGGAUCUCUCCCCGAGAAGGCGCACCACAGUGUGCACAUCUCUCACGAUGACCGCGAAGCAGAAGUUUCGGAUGCUUCACGUCUCUAGAUGUGCACAGAAGAUCUUGGAAUUCAUGGUCCUAGCCAGCGCGCGAAUUAAGGGCACCACGGGGAGCGCCCUAAACAUCUCAGAUCCCUACUGUCCACUUCUCCAGCUGCCAAACGAGUUGCUCUUGCAGAUCACCGGUUUCUUGGAAGCCGAAUAUCAACUCUCACUCCGUAUUUGCUGCCGACGGCUUCGCCUCCUUCUCAUGGGUCUCGACCCGACACUGAGUGAUUUCAGUACGAAGCUGCGGUUCUACAAAUGCCUCGAGCCUGACUACCCGGAACAUCUUCCCUGCCUAACGUGUGGAAUCAUGUUCAAAUGGCGCGCUCCGGAUAUGCGUGCCCGCUGUCCACGCGAGGGUCAGCACCCGUCGAUGCCUAACUGGAGUUGGGCGCCAUACGAUUGUUGGUUCUUAGCAGGAACAUUUGAUAUUCGGAUGAGUCGCCCAUUUGUCGAGUUGGUUUUUCGUGCUCACGAACGAGGUGAGCGAUACGGGUAUCCCGUGUCUUCCUUGCGAUCGAGCGGACUGCAUCGCACGGGCGUCUUGUUCCAAAACGAUGCACGCAUGAUUGAUGGAGAACUUGUGCUUGCUACGCGAUGGGAGCUGGACGCAGUGCCUCGAAUGGAUUCCAAUUGGGAAGACCAGAUCAAGCUCUUAUUCUGGGCUUCUUGCUUGCAUUGGCGAAGCAAUGGAUGGCGCGACAAGAUAACGUCGUUACUUAAGGGUGCGUCCACCAACACGACGCCCCUGAAGCCCACGGAAACCGUCAAGUGCUCCUUUUGCGAAUGUGACUGGCAACUAGAAAUGAAUCACAAAACCGACACACAUUCAAGUUUGCUCUUUUAUGUCUGGAAGAAUUAUGGACGACGGUACGGAAAAAGGCAAGGGAAUGAGCAGAUUUUUCACCGUCAACCCACACCGCCGCUGGAUACCGAAUCUGUUUCGCGGAGAGAUCUACGGGCCCUCUUUGAGUCUGGAAAUGAGGAAAAGGGGCAGCACCAAGGGCACAGAGGUUUGUCCGCGUUCUAGAGGGGCCGGCACAGGCUGGACAGCAGAGCGCCUCUUAUGAGGACUCGUGGGGUGUCCAAGUCGGACUUUAAAGCCUCCUCGUGGCGACACCUCAUAUAGGUACCUACGUAGUCAUGAGGUCUCUAUCACUCACCUUGACUGGCUUAAGGCUCAGUACCUACGGCGGUACAAUUGACUGCAGUGUGGAGGCCGGCUGUGGAAGAUUGGCCGAAGACGCGAUUUCUAAAAGACGGUACCGAUGCAUUUACUCAUACGUGGUUACCUAACAUGCGCUGAAGGUUAUCAUUAGUUAGUUAGUGCUUCUGACACCUAAUCUAGUCCCUCUCGGGUCUAUAUAGGUAUAUAGGUCUCAACCCUAGUAUCCGUCUAUCUAUCUACCGGGCGCCCUCCUGGCCCCCAACCUCUG